AUGUCAACGACGAAUACUGACAGUAGACGUUACGACGAGGUGUCCGUGGAUCAAACAUCCUAUAGCACCUCUUUGUUCGAAGAAGAGUACAUUACUAGCCCUGAAGCACAAGAACAUCACGAUACUCACUCGUACCGGGAUCCGUCUGGCUAUCAACCAUCUCAUCCGGCUUUCGAUAUUCAAACAGUCGGUGCUCGUGCAGAAACCCAAGAGGGCACGCCACGGACAGUAACAUCUUGGCAACCUUUCUUUCUACACAAAUUGGUCUUAUGGUCGUUUUCGGUCGUAUUUGUCCUGUGUCUGUUAGGAACUGCUCUGCUAUACGAAAUAUCACGGAGAAACAAUGGUCUAAGCACACAACACGAUAUCAAUCACUAUGCGUGGAAGUAUGGCCCAAGCGCAGUUCUUACCAUCAUCCUUUACCUUUGGUACAGCAUCGAUCUGUCGGUCAGAUCAUUGCUACCUUGGCAAGAACUCCGCAGAGGGCCAAAACCGGCAGCAAAGACUGUUUUACUAGACUAUAUUUCACCGUUGAUCACGACUAGCCUCUGGCGUGCUUUGAAGAAUUGCCAUUGGCCUGUUGUACUGACCAUCACCGGGCGUCUGCUAAUACUACUUGCCAUCGCCUUCUCAACCGGUCUUUUAGUACUGAGUCCAACCGAAGUUGAACUUGGGGAUAUUUCGUUGGUUGCCGCCAAGCUUGAUGCGAAAUCUUUCAAGGCGGAAGAUGUCGGUCCAGUUGCAGCUGAUAUGUAUUAUGGUGUUCAGUUUGGCAAUUUGGUAGCCCCAGUAGGAACUUUCCGAGACACCUUCGUUUCACCUUUCACUCCUCGCAACGGAUAUGAGGCCAGUGGUAUCCCUGCUGGUGCCGCAUUGAGAGCGACAGUUCCUGGAGUCCAUUUCUCAAUGGAUUGUGAGGUUCUUGACAUCAAGAACUCGGCUACGGUCUCUCCGUCACGGGGCCCUCAAAACGAUGCUUCUGUGCCCGGCGAUUACUUGGUUAUCAACGUUACCACUCCAUCCUGUAAUAUCAAGGGUGCAAUUGUUGGGAUAGGGCCUAAUAGCAGGAAAUUUGUUGGAAUGAAUCCUAACAAAGAUGAACAUGACUAUCAAGCCCGGGUUGCGGAUUAUGUAUGCAAUCUUGAAUGGAACUACAACGACAUCUACGACGCUAGUCUCGGAGCCGGCCCAUUACUCAACUUGUCAACCGCGCCGUGGUCGAACGCAUCGUUUGAUCACCGCGUCUUGCUGUCCGUGACAGACGUACACGUACGACUUUCGGAGAGCAGUCUCGGCAUGGGAAAAGUUACCGCAGUGUUGUGUAAACCUUCCUACGCAACAGGCGCCUAUCUGGCUGAGUACGACGGCGUCUCCCGAACAGUUGAAACCGAGGCUUUGAUGCCAGAUGGGCAGACCAGUCAUGAUCUUCCUGGAUUCUCGCAAAGCGAACUGGGACCUGCGGUAUUGAGUGCCAUUAGCCAAGUGGACUCUGUUGACUUGCGUGGAGAGCAAACUCGAUGGACAGGUUUCCCCCCGCCGUUGUUUGGACUAAUGAAGUUGCAGCAUAAUGUUUCAACUAUCAGAGACUUCCAAGAUGCUGGAUUACUCAAGGAGAGCUUCUCCGAGGUUUUCAAUGGCGUGGCCGCUCAGCUUGCGCGUCACAUGCUCAUGGUUCCAGGAGAUGAGAGUAAUGAUAUCAGAGGCUCUGCCAGGUUCACCCAACACCGACUCCAUGUCACAGAUUUAUCGACUGGUAUCAUGUGUGCUGCAUUGUCCCUUCUGAUUAUCAUCAGUGCCAGCCUGGUCUUCUUUGUACCACGGGACGUGGUUGUCUCGGAGCCCGGCUCUGUUCUUGCUACUGCGUCUUCUGUCCAACUGGGUAUAGAAACGGAGAGACUCCUCAAAGGGCUUGGACAAGCUCGUGAUGUCAAGAUCCGCCAAAGUCUUGAAUCAUAUCUCUUCGUCAGUAGAGUGGGCGAAACAGGAGGGGAGAUUUCUAUUGAAGCGUCAAACCCACAGCAUGGAACCCCCAGCAAACCUUCUAAGGUCAUCAGCGGCGAGCUUCAAUGGUGGAGGCCAUUGGGAAGCCAGAAUUGGUUCCUGCUUCUGUCAAUCGUCGUUCCGCUGCUACUUAUGGGACUUCUUGAGCUAUUUCAAAGGCAAUCUGCUGAGCACAACGGAUUUGUAGAUGUCCGAUCCAGAUUUGGCGAGGUGGCGGCAAACUACGUGCCAGCUAUCAUAUCAAUGUCUGUUGGAGCGAUGUACUCAAGCAUCGUGGCAGCGGCUGCAGUUUUUGCGCCCUACGCUACAUUAUCUAAAGGAACUACACAAGCCUCGCGUUCCAUAGCCGUCAGCUAUGUCACGCAAACAGGGCCCCGACUGGUUUAUCGCUCCUUAAGAAACAGGCACUUCGGCGUCUCGACAAUAACCUUAGCUCAACUAGUCGCGUCCACUCUCACCAUCGUACUUUCGGGUCUGUACAGCACAGUUGAAGUGCCUUUCCAGGCAGAUAUUGCACUUCAGCAGCUGGACACCUUUAACAUAAGCGACACCAUCUCUACUGGCCAACCUAACGCUGGUCUGUUGACCAAACUGAUCACUUAUCACAAUUUGUCAUUUCCAAGUUGGACGUACGACUCUAUAGUCUUCCCGCAGGUCUCGGUGGUAGAUGCACCAGCUUUCCGAGAUGAGAUAGCCGACGCCACGAUCAAGAGCCACCUACCAGGAAUCCGUGGCAAUUUGAACUGCACUUCUAUGCCUUCGCGGCUCUUUCAUACCUCUAUUACAGACCAGAGCUCCAUUGAAUCAAAUGGUCGGCAGGAUCUCCCUCUAUGGAAUUACUACGUCCCAAAGAACGGCAUGGACCUGGUUCUCGAAGUAAACCGGCCUUUACCCGCAUCCUUAUUGUGUGAUGAUCACGAAGAAAACAACAACAAAACAUUAAUUUGGACUUCGCACUUUUUCCUAAAGAAUGAUUCGACACCGAGUGCUUUCGGCAAAGUAAGCCGAAUCCAGUGGAACAGCCAAUUUUCUGGCGGUUCCAAUGACAUAGGCCGUCGCUCAACCAAAGCCGAUCGCAGCACCCAUGAAUUACGCGGGUGCCCUACUGUUGGCAUAACUCUGGGACACGUAACCGCCAAGCUACCCCACAACGUUACAAACAAGUACAACACAACAUAUAUAGAAUGGACGCCUACCGAUGUCGACAUCGGUACAUUGCUAUGCUGGCCAGAGUUCGAAGAGGUUGAGGCAGACGUUGCAUUCAACUGGCCUGGACUUGAACUCUCGAGCACUAGCCCGCCCGUCAUCAAUGAGUCUAGCAUGAACAAAGUGACAAACCCAACAACCAACAGUUCAACCUGGGAUUGGGACUUUGCCGGCGACGAGUACAGCGUGUGGGAUAGCCUUAAAAACACGAACGAUCUUCUCACACAAUACGGCUAUCUCCAAGACGAGACGAAUUUCGACCCAUUCAUUCUAGCGCUGAUCAAUGGCGGGUAUUCCGUCCCGCUGGAGCAGAUAUCGGGCGAAAACAACACCGAGGCAUUGUUCCACGAGGUGCAAGCACUGUGGGGUAGAUACAUGGCACAGUCGAUCUCACAAAAUAUGCGAUUGGACAUCGGUACGGUAUCCCAGACAACAUCAUCAAGUCUGACCACACGAAGUGGGAGCUUGCAAUUGCCCAGAGUAGUGGAGUCAGGGCCAUCAACGAAAACAUACCCUGCCAAUGUCGAAGCCGCGGCAACAAAAACGCGAAGGCGAUUGAAGCAAAAUGGAUCGUCAAAGAUUGCACUGCAGGCAAUGCUCGGUUCCAUGGUAGUGGGUGUAAUAUGUAUGCGUGCUUUGGUCAGUUUCCGGAAGAUCCUGCCACAUAACCCAACAUCGAUCGCUGGGUCGGCCGCGCUGGUCGUGGAUGGAAAUCUUAGAGAUAUGGCAGCUAUUGUCCCCAGAGAGCAAUUGCGCGAUAACAAAGGCCCUGCGCAUUACAUCAGGGUGCAAUCUUCUGGCGAAGUGAACGAAGAUGCCCACGAAUCCGGGCACCUAUAUACCAUGGGGUGGUGGAAUGACGGCGGUUUCCGCAAGUUUGGUGUCAUGUUUGCCGAGGGCAGGGACAGAACAUGA